ACGUCAAAUUCAACACUGCUUCGCAACGUUCAUCCUCCUCCUAGAUUUUCAAAGAGAGAUCAAAGGGAAUGAGAGAAGAACGAACUCUAACACAUCCUCCCAACUUUUCUAACACAUUCUCUUAUCAUCAUCGGAGGGGGGUUGAUCCCACCAUAGUCGGCCACCGGAACGCUUAUCGUCAAGACUUGUGGGGUCGCCGGACGCCGCCACUCCACUCCACACAGAGUUGUUUACUAUAUUCCCUUUGUUCGCCACGUAUAUGGAAGGAGGGGUGCAUCCAGGCACAGAUGCAACAGCUUUUAGGGAGUGUUUGGCUCUGUCAUGGAAAAACCCAUACAUUCUUCGCCUUGCUUUCUCUGCUGGAAUUGGUGGCUUUCUCUUUGGCUACGAUACCGGAGUGAUAUCUGGAGCUCUUCUUUAUAUCAGAGACGAUUUCAAGUCUGUUGAUAGACGCACUGUCUUGCAGGAAGCUAUAGUGAGCACCGCGGUGGCCGGAGCAAUAAUAGGGGCGGCGAUCGGCGGAUGGUUAAACGACAAAAUCGGAAGAAGAACGACUUUACUUUCAGCAGACCUGUUGUUUUUCAUAGGAGCCGCAAUGAUGGCUUCUGCGCCGAACCCUACCGUUUUGAUCGGCGGUAGGGUUUUUGUGGGGCUGGGCGUCGGAAUGGCGUCCAUGACUUCUCCGUUAUACAUAUCGGAGGUAUCUCCGGCGAAAGUCAGGGGAGCACUUGUGAGCACCAAUAGUUUCUUCAUCACCGGUGGCCAGUUCUUGUCCUACCUCAUUAACCUUGCCUUUACCAAGGCAGCUGGAACAUGGAGAUGGAUGCUCGGAGUGGCAUGUCUCCCAGCUCUGAUUCAGUUCACACUCAUGCUGCUUCUCCCCGAGUCGCCCCGGUGGCUCUACCGCAAGGGCCGAGAGAGCGAGGCCGAGGCCAUACUAAGGAAGCUAUACUCCACAGAAGAACUGGAAAUGGAAAUCCAAGAACUCAAAGAAUCAAUCCAAAACGAGAGCUCAUCAGGAGAUGAUGAUCAUCAUCAGAAGGUGAACGUGGUGACGACCCUCCUGCAAUCCACGGCGGUGCGGAGGGGGCUCGUCGCCGGCGUCGGCCUCCAAGUCUUCCAGCAGUUCGUCGGCAUCAACACCGUCAUGUACUACAGCCCCACCAUCGUCCAGCUCGCCGGCUUCGCCUCCAACCGCACCGCCCUCCUCCUCUCCCUCGUCACCGCCGGCCUCAACGCCCUCGGCUCCGUCGUAAGCAUUCUCUUCAUCGACCGGACCGGAAGGAAGAAGCUCCUCGUCGUUAGCCUCGUCGGCGUCGCGGUCUCUCUCGGGUUCCUCACCGCCGUCUUCCACGAGGCCGCGUCCCGCUCCCCCGCCGUGAGCGUUACCGACACCUCGCGCUUCAACGGGUCGUCCCUCGCUUGCCCUAAUUCGUACCCCGCCGGGGACCGGGAAUGGGACUGCGCCGAGUGCCUGAGGGGCUCGUGCGGGUUCUGCGCUUCGUCCGCGGGAAAGAUGCUCCCCGGCGCGUGUUUGGCCGCGGGUGACGUGGCGAAGGGCGCGUGCCGCGGGGAGCGGAGGCUGUGGUACACGAGGGGAUGCCCGAGCCGCUUCGGGUGGCUGGCGCUGGUCGGCAUGGCGUUGUACAUCAUCUUCUUCUCCCCCGGGAUGGGGACCGUCCCGUGGAUCGUCAACUCCGAGAUAUACCCCCUGAGGCUCAGAGGCGUGUGCGGGGGGAUAGCCGCGACGGCGUGCUGGGUUUCGAACCUCAUCGUCGCGCAGUCGUUCCUGUCGCUGACUCGCGCCAUCGGGACAUCGUGGACGUUCCUUGCCUUCGGGGUGAUUUCGGUUUUCGGGCUGUUGUUCGUCCUCGUUUGUGUGCCGGAGACGAAGGGGCUCCACAUCGAGGAAAUCGAGAAGAUGUUGGAGGGAAGAGAGUUACACCUGAAAUUCUGGAACAAUGGGGCGGCCCCAAAGAGGCCGCCCCAUGGUAACGUGGAAACGUAAUGUGACGAAUUAUGGUAUCGGGAUAAGGAGACACAUCGAGCGAUGUCAGACACCAAUAAAGUAUGAGAGAAUAACACGAGAAUCAAUGGGGGGUAAUUAUUCCCAUUGGUGCAUCUGUUGAGAAUGGCCCUUUAUUAUUAAAUGUUUCUGGGUCAAGUUUCAUAGAUUCAAAAUGGCAAUUUAAACACCAAAGUUCAUCGAAUGCAGUGUUUAAAUUGGUUAUAUUAUAUGUAACAAAGUAUAGAUUUAAGA